AUGUUUUCACUCUCACCCAUUGAAACCACAACAAUGUUCGAACCAACACCACCACCAUCUUCGCCGCCCCCCUCGACCCUGAAGGAUGAGGUGGACAUCGUGAUUCCGACUAUAAGGAAUGUGGAUUUUUUGGAGAAGUGGAGGGCCUUUUUUGAGCCCUACCACCUCAUCAUCGUCCAAGACGGCGACCCUUCCAAGGUCAUUAAGGUGCCUCAAGGAUUUAACUACGAGCUUUACAACCGAAAUGAUAUUAACAGAAUCUUGGGAUCCAAGGCAUCUUGUAUCUCCAUCAAAGACUCUGCUUGCCGUUGCUUUGGUUUCUUGGUUUCCAAGAAGAAGUACAUUUUCACCAUUGAAGAUGAUUGCUUUGUUGCUAAAGAUCCAUCAGGAAAGGACAUAAAUGCCCUGGAGCAGCACAUAAAGAACCUUGUGACACCAUCAACACCAUAUUUCUUCAACACAUUGUAUGAUCCGUACAGAGAAGGAGCAGAUUUUGUUCGUGGAUACCCAUUUAGUCUCCGUGAAGGUGUUCCAACUGCAGUCUCUCAUGGCCUCUGGCUCAACAUUGCUGAUUAUGAUGCCCCAACUCACCUUGUCAAGCCUCUCGACAGAAACAAAAGGUACGUAGAUGCAGUGAUGACAAUUCCAAAGGGGGCGCUGUUCCCAAUGAGUGGUAUGAAUUUGGCAUUCAACCGUGAAUUAAUUGGGCCUGCCAUGUACUUCGGCCUUAUGGGAGAUUCUCAGCCCGCUGGACGCUAUGCUUCUAUGUGGGCUGGUUGGUGUGUCAAGGUGAUAAGUGAUCAUUUGGGAUUAGGGGUGAAGACGGGUGUUCCAUACAUAUGGCACAGCAAAGCAAGCAAUGCAUUCUUGAACCUCAAGAGGGAGUUGAAGGGAAUCUUUUGGCAAGAAGAGUUGAUCCCAUUCUUCCAAUCCGUAUCGCUUUCGAAGGAAUGCGAUACGGCGCAGAAGUGCUACAUAGAACUCUCAAAGCAAGUAAGGGACAAGCUUGGCAAAGUUGAUGAUUACUUCAACAAACUUUCAGAUGCAAUGGUCACGUGGAUUCAGUGCUGGGAUGAACUCAACCCACCAUCACCACAAUCACAAUCACAAUCACGAGUGCUUUCACUUUCACUUCCGCUUCAUGAUGAUGAUGCUGCAAUAAUCUUGUCUAAUGGUUCAGCAUAGUCACUACGAUAAUCAUCAAUGAAUUGUUAUAUGCUUUAAUUUGUCAUUUAAUUUCUUGCGGCUCUAUAGGCACAAUAAUAAUGGAUAUAUGAGGAUAUAUGCAUGGCUCUUAGUAAAUCAUUUUACUUUCUUUUUGUUUUAAUGUUCCUAGAAUAAUAACAAUAAGAAGAAGAAGAUCUGGGUGGUCUGAUAUUUAAUUUUCAAUAUGUAUUUGUCUUCGAGGGUGAAAUUGGAAUCAUGUAGCUUAUUAUAUAUUAUUGUUGUUGUUGUGAGACUAUGUUAACUUUGAAAUAUG